CCUGUGCAACGCUGUAGCUAAUGCGAAUUCAAAGUUACAUCGGCAGCCAAAUAGCCCUCGCUAUAGCUGGAUACAACAGCAAGGAGUGUUUUCGCACGUCGCAGUCGGUUUAAAUAUGGUGCAUAAAGGAGCAAAGCCAGGCAUAUGAAAUCCACAUGAAAUGUCCCUUCCAAGUCCAAACAUGGAGGACGCGUGCUUUUCUCCUAUCACACAACUUCAAUGAAAUUUUAUAAAACGACAUAACCUGGGAUUUAUUUUAAAAGUUUUAUAUAUUAACGCACAGCUCCCGUAAGUAUCCAGUUGUUACGUACUUUGAGACUGUUACCUCAACUGUUAAAUGGGGACUGCUGUUGAGGGAACUGUUCGAGGAAUGUUUACAUGUGAAGUCUGUGACUUAUCAAGUCCAUUCACGUACUACGGCCAGAAGCCUCCUAAUACCAGAGCUAUAGUGCUUUUGGAGGAGUGCUUUGUCAUGAAAGACCCAUUCAGUCCUGACAAAGAGAGGUUUCUAAUUUUGGGAUCCAAGUGCAGUUUGUGUAACAAGGACGUUUGUGUUGGCACGGACUGCAGUUUGUUCUAUACCAAACGAUUCUGCUUGCCAUGUGUAAGACAGCAUCUGGACCAGUUUCCACAACAGGUACAAUCUGAGUUGGCCAAGAAAAAACCUGUCCAGAAAACAUCUUGAACUUAAUGGCCAGCAAAACUCCAGUCACAAAAGACUAUGAUAAACAAGAUGAUGUCCCAUGUGAGGUCACUCUAUACAUUAUUUAAUCAUUCUGAUAAUAGUGUGAACUGUUCUGCGGUGUGGAUCAGAAAAAUGUAAACAACACAUUACUCCUUUUUGAUUUGUGGUUGUCUCAGUUUUACACAUAUCCAAUGAGUCUAAGUUUGAAUUAGCAUUAUUAUACAGUUCUUUUCACUGAGUGUA